UGACAUAACCUCACAAAAAUGAACAGAAUGAACUUUUUUUGACAGUCGACGUGUACUUGUUUACAGUUUAAAAGUUCAUCAGAAGUUCAUCGUUCGAAUGUAAAAAUUGCAAGUCGCCUCACACUCAACAGAUUCAUACAUAUAUCGCUCCUUGAUGCUGGAAUCACAUACAGGGCAAUUUUUUUAGUUAUUUUCACUAUGGAAUACGUUUUAAACAGGCACUUUUUCGUCAUUUUUUCAAAACAAAACAAGUACACGGCAACUGUCAAAGAUGAACUUGAUUCAUCGGCAGUUCAUUUGUGUCGUCAUCGUGCAAAACCUAAUUAGGUUUUUUAUCGUGACGACACAAAUGAACAAGUAUUCAUCCUUGACAGUUCAGCGGUACUGUUUACAAACAAGCUUAAACAAAAAUCGAAGAGCACAUCUAAAACAAUCAUCUUUACACUUUGCAACUAGUCACUUUCAUUUAAUAAAUAUCAAAAACGAACCGUAUUCAAUCGUGAACAAAUGUUUUAAAAUUUUAUUUAGGCUAUACUGACCGUAAAUGGUCUGAUCCAAUUUGUCAAUAAACAAACAAAAGAAAUUUCUGUUUACAAACAGUACUGCUGAACUGUCAAAAUGUGUUCAUCCGAUUGAGGUUAGCAGUGACGGUAAAAAACCUAAUAGGCAUAGUUUGAAACGGUCCGUAUAAGCAGAUUAACAACAAUGUUAAGCCUUACAUGCCGACUUUACUCAUGAAAAUAGUCUGUGAUUGACUGUCACAAUCCACCACGGUGAAUUUUUCUAGAUUCAAGAAAACACCCACAGAUUGUUAUGGAAAAUAUAACAGAGGGGUGCCGACUGUGUCUGGACCCGAUCGCCGACAACAUUCACUCUAUUGAAAAUGUUCAAAUUAAGGAGCAAAUCAAUCAGGUUUUCCGAUUUUCGAUCGAAAAUAAAACUGGUUAUCCCACAAACAUUUGUCAAGACUGCUCACAUAUUAUAGCCGAAUUCUACCAGUAUUCUGAAAAAGUUCGUUUGAAUCAGCAGAGACUCGACGAACGCCAGAAUUCGAUUUGCGAUACUGUGAAAGCUGAACUUUUGUCCGAACCAGAAGAGCAAGUGUUGUCGGUAGAUUUGAACAUAGAACAACCGAAAACAGAACCUGAAGAAAACGGUGACGAGCCCAGUGAUGGUGAAAUUUUUGUGGAAUGCUAUGAACCUCCGGUAAGACGCGGUAGAAAAAAGCACAAGAAAGAAAUACUUCCUAGGCGAAAACGUGACAAAACUAUAGAACUAGUAAAAGAGCGUACAAUCAAACAUUAUAAUAUAAAAUCGAAGGAACAGCUCGAAAGCGAAGACAAAAUGAUUAAAGAAUUUUACCGAAUGAUAUGCGAAUUAUGUGGAGAACCGGAGUCAAGCUUCAAUAGUUUAGCUUCUCACUUCCGGAAAAUUCACGGUCGAACGGGAUAUAUAAGAUGUUGUAAAAGGAAGCUUUUUAAGCGGUGUGACCUCCUGCAGCACAUGGCACUGCAUACAAAUCCAAACGCAUACCGAUGCGAGCUGUGUAAUAAAAGUUACAAACACAAGAUGUAUCUGCUGCUGCAUCAGACUAAGGCACAUGGUAGCGAGGAGGAACGCCCGUUCAAAUGUGACCGAUGCAAGCAGUCGUAUACCAAGGAGUAUAUGCUUCGAAAUCAUAUGAUAAGUCACGAAAAGGUGCAGUGUCCACAGUGCGACAGACUGCUGGCCAAUAAGGCGGCGUUGAACGUUCACAUCAUCAACAAGCACAGUUCAGAUUUGGACCGAAAAAUGAUUUGCGACACGUGUGGACAAGAGUUCCUGAACAAAGUUUGCUUCGAGCGGCACGUCAAGCGUCACUUGGGAAUGGAAGAAGCAGAACAGAAAUUCCAAUGUCACAUUUGUCAGAAGUGGUUGAUGGGAGAACGUGGACUUCAGAAGCAUCUGCAGUUCACACAUUACGAGAGGGAUCAGACCCACACAUGCGACAUAUGUCAGCAGCAGUAUCCGAACUCGAGGGCUCUCUGGAGCCACAAACGAAUAGUGCACAUCGAGGAGAAAUUCGAAUGUGAGUUCUGCGGGAAGAAGUUUAAGCGAGCGAUAAAUCUUAAGGAACAUCGAACAACGCAUACAGGAGAGGUGCUAUAUUCCUGUGAUGUGUGCGGGGCAACAAUGAAUUCUAAUGCAAAUCUUUAUACUCAUACGAAAAAAAGUCAUCCGCUUGAAUGGGCCGAAAAGAGAAGAAAAGCGAUAGAGGCAAACAAACCCAAACAAAAAGCAGAUAAUUGAUGACAGAAUUAUCCUUCGUGCAUGUAAAUAAACCAGUAUGCUCGUACCAGAGAUGCCAGGUAAAAAUUUCAAAUGUCUGCAAACAGGGUCUGUAAAUCUGAAAAAAAAUCUGCAGUCAGCAAGUAUGGCUUGCUGGCAGCAAUUUCUCUAUAAAGUAUGACAUGCAAAACUGACUUGGCGAGCAAAAAAAAAAAAAAAGGUCGCGGAAAUUUCAAAUUUUUCUGUAAAUAUAGAUGAAAGUCAGCGAGAAUUUCAAAAGUCUGUAAAAAUCUGCGAGAAUUUCAAAAGUCUGCAAAAGUCUGCACAACAAAAAAUGUCUGCAGCACUAUACCCCAAAUCUGCAGAUUUACAGACAAAUCUGCAGACCUGGCAUCUCUGGCUCGUACUAACAUGAUUGAUAUAGUCACAUAUAAGCCUAUACGUAACUUCCCGUAAGCCUCUCAUGUGAGCAUUCCUUAUUUCGAAAUUAUCAGCCAGUCUUUUGUGGUCAGCCAAGCGAGUAAUUACGGAUAGUGAGCCGAUUCUUCACGGCUUUAUAUACUAACAGAAAAAAAACUAUUAGUUUACCAGUACGAGACUGACAGAUUUCCUCUUAGACGACUAAAUCACGCGUUUUUUUUUUUUGAGAACGGCCAAUAAGCCACCUGUCAACUUCCACUUUCGAAAGAAAUUGCAAGCGAGCUAUGAAAGACAGAGUAUUAAAUUUAACACCAGACGAAAGAGAAAACUUUUCUCUGCCGUUUACUAUUAUAACUUACUCUCAGCGAGUGCCGAGUCAUUCGAAAUUACUCUUCAAAGUGAAUGUUGAUGGAUUAUUGGCCGUUCUAAAAAAAAGGCGUGAAAUUGUCCGCCAAAUAAUAUAUCCGUAAAUAUCUGGCAACAAUGCAACAACUUUUGCCGAUUAUCUCUUCUACUUGGUAGUGUGAAAGCCCUGUAAUUACCCUGCACUAGAGUGCCUAUAACCAGAGUGACGACAUCUCAUCCGUAAGUAUGGCAACAAUUCAAAACAUUCCAUUAGUUUUACAUUGAAUUGACAGGUCGUUUGCUCGUUUGGAACUGAGAGCUGUCAUUCCAAACGAACAGCUGUCGCCACUCUGAUUAUAGUCACUCUACCCUGCACAAAAAAUUGUAAUGGGCAAAAAUGAAGAUUGAAAAUGAAAACGCCCUCUUCAUAUCCGAUAUAUAAAAAUUUUCCAGCUCUCGGAAAGAAAGGCAAAAACAAAUUUCGAUUCCAGACGUCAGUUUGGACAUUUUACCUCGGUGUAAUAGCAUAGUGUUUUGCA